AAAUCUAAAAGGUAACUUUAUGGUUACUCGUGUUGUUGUGUUCUUCCCUGUUAACACUAAAGUGUGUGUAAAUUGAAAAUAGAGUCGAAAAAUCUAAAAAAUCUGUCUAACGUUUACAAUGGCAGCGACUCGAGAGAGGAGGGUGAACGCCGGAAAUAAGUUGUCGAAACUUUUGAAUGAAGAGGAGGAAGACGAUUUUUAUAAGACUACCUACGGAGGUUUCGAGGAGAUCGAAAACGACUUAGACUAUAAGUCCGAAGAGGAAUGCGAAGAUGUCGUCGAUUCUGACUUCAGCAUCGACGAAAACGACGAAGUUAUCUCGGAUCACGAGGACGAUGACAAGAAAAGAAGGAAGCCUCUAGUAACCAGAGCUUAUAAAGAGCCAAAACCAGCUAAGAAAAAGGAAGUAAAGGAGGAAGUAAAAAAUGACAAAAAAGCGUCUUCCAAGCCAAAAUAUACACCCAAACCGCUAUCCCAGCCGUUAGAGAGAAAAUCUAUAAGAAAAUCUACAGCAGUGAAAUCAGCAGCAACUGCACAAAGAGUUAAAGAGAGAAAAGCAUUAAGGCUACAAAGAAAGUUGCCAAAGCCAGUUGACAACUGGAAGCCUACACAAGAAGAACUUCUUGAAGAAGCAAAAAUCACUGAAGAAGAAAAUAUAAAAUCGUUAGAGAAAUUUUAUAAAAUGGAAUUGGAGAAAAAGAAGAACAGGGUUGUGAAGAAAACGUUCAAUGGCCCAGUCAUCCGUUAUUGUUCAGUUUCAAUGCCUCUUAUAACAGAAAUUGAAAGCCCAGAAAUAAACAUAUUUGUUUUUAGAGUUCACGAGGAAGAAAAGAAGCCUAUUACAACUAAUUUUCUAAUAACAGAAGAUACUCCAAUGGUUAUAGAUCCAAAUGAAAAUGGUUCGACUGAAUUAGCUGGUGAAGUAGAAAUAUCAACACAUGUCGAUCCAGUUGUGCCUGUGAAAACCGAAGUGAAGGAAGAAGCUCAGGAAAGCAAACCACUACAAACAGUUGGACGGUGUGAAAGAACCUUCAUUACGUUCAGUGAUGAAGCCACAUUUAGAAAGGCUUUUCCUAUAAAACGGCCUCCGGUAUUGAAAGAACCAAAAAUCUGUCCUAUUACAAGAUUACCUGCUAAGUAUCUAGACCCACGGACUCACUGUGCUUUUAGAAAUGUUAGGGCUUUCAAAGUGAUGAGGGAAGCUUAUUACAUGCAAUUAGAUAAUAAAAUUGCCAAAGGGACAGUCGAUGGCCUCAAUCCCGAAGAACUUGAAAAAUGGAUCCCUUACAGGGCGAAAAUGAACCAACAGAAAUCCCUAAGCAACAACUCAAAGAUUCGUAUCGACCCAGCAACCCUGCAGUUAGCGCAGAUAAAAGUCUGACAAAUGGUUCCGGGCGCUGCAAGUACCGCCCACCAUUCUGGCACUGUUUUGCACAUUCUUCCGUAAAAUUUUUUAAACAUUUCUCGCACAAAAAUGUACUCCAAUUGUUUUUUAUAAGGUGUCCAACAAGUAAAUAAUUA